GAAAGAAUUAUCCCGGAUAUACAGAACUCUCUGGGCAUCUGUGGGUAUCGAGGGGUUAGUAGUUGUAGAUGUCAAUAUGUCUAUAGAUGUCAGUAUGUGUGAAGGGAUUAGGUGGUUUUAGUGUCCAGUUAUUCCAAUUGGUAAUAGUGUCUAAUUACAUUGUGGGCACUGGGUACUAGUUGGUGACAGGAGAUGAGCUAAGGGGAUCUAUAGCUAUUGAAAAACUGGACUUAGUUAAUGCUAAUAAAAAAAACUGAUAGUGUUUUUACUUUGGGCAGAUGCUAAAGGAGGACAUAAUGGGCAGUUAAUGUUUAGUGGUCAGUGGGCACAGUAAGAGCAGUACAUGUUACUAACCAGUCUGCUCAGUGGGUUUUAAUGUUCAGUGGCUACAGAAGGGAUAAAGAGCGUUGAGUGUCAGUGAGCACAGAGGGAACCCUGAUGAUCAGUGAACAUACAUAAGCAGGGGCUGCUGAUGUGCUUGUAGAGUUAUUCUGCCAGUGCACAUGUGCUAGCAAGGUAACCAGGGAAGGUUAAUGGGUGGCUGAGUAAUGAGUCACUAGUGGUUGUUUAUUUGUUACAUUUGGGAAUUUGCAGGGAGUUAAGAUUGUUGUGCAGACUAGAGUAGGUGCUGGGGUCCUGCAAAUAUCACAGGGGGUGGGCUCCGGGGCAGGCGGGCACCUUGAUGGAGGAGCAAACAGAGCACAGUCCCGGGGCCCCCAGUGAACUGGACCCUGGGGCAUCUCCACCACCCCAACACCCGGGGGCCCCACCACACCGGACAACAAAUUUCUUCAUAGAUAACAUCCUUAGGCCGGACUUUGGUUGCAGAAAGGAGACCCCAGGUCGCGAGAAUGUAAAUCCCCUGCACCACAGACCAGACAACUCUACACCCGGCCCGGACUCGGACACCACUUCAGACAGUUCCAAGAGCAGUGACCCUAACCCAGCCAUGCUCCUGGUGGGCAGCACUGGAGCUGCGACGAAGAAAAGUGACCCCCUGGUGUGGCCAGCCUGGGUUUACUGCACCCGCUACUCGGACCGACCUUCCUCGGGUGAGUGCAGACUGGGACCAAGAACCAGGAAGCUGAAGAAGAAAAAGAAUGAGAAGGAAGACAAGAGACCGAGGACAGCCUUCACUGCAGAGCAGCUACAGCGACUCAAGACAGAGUUCCAGGCGAACCGAUACAUCACCGAGCAGAGGAGGCAAAGCCUGGCACAGGAGCUCAGUCUCAAUGAGUCCCAGAUCAAGAUCUGGUUCCAGAAUAAGAGGGCCAAGAUCAAGAAGGCCACUGGACUGAAGAAUGGGCUGGCCCUGCACCUCAUGGCCCAAGGACUUUACAACCACUCAACCACAACUGUGCAGGAUAAGGAAGAGAGUGACUGAGUCCUGCCCUGGGCCCAGAGAUGGAGCAAUGAGACCAAAUAGGGGCAAAUACAGGGUGUCCCUAUCAGGGAAACUGGACUACAGCAUGGGGAGAACAGACUCUACCUGCAGAUCUGGAAUAUGGACCUAACAUUAAUUCAUGUGAGUGAGUAGGGGCUGAGUGGCAUAAGUUUGUGCUGAUCACAAUGAGCACUGAAUGAGCCCACACAGGGACUCUCACAGAUAUCCUCGUAUAGCCAAACUUGUAUAUAUUUAAUAUCAGGUAAAUUUUAUUGCACCCUGCGUGUCCCCCCGUGGUAUCUCUGGGUGUUUCAGCUCAUUCUGUCUAUUGGACUCUUUCUGUGGAUUUCUCACGCAUCCUGUACCCUACUCCAGACUGAGAUACUGAACUGUCCUUCAAACCAAAGAUUUUAUUAUGUUCAGGAUCUGUUGUCUGAAAUAAAAUGUAGACUGUGUUCAGGACAAAUUGUCUGUAAGUUAUUUUAUAAUAAAAUGUAAAAUGAA